CUGUUGCAGAAUAGUUUGUGGUGGCUUCCACAACUCUGAGAAGGGGAAGCUGUGAGGCCAAGCUGCCAGAUCCCAAGUCCGAACCCCAACACUGGAAGUAGCAGUCCUAUAACUUUAGAGGCCCUUUAGUUUCAGCGGCUCUCUCCCUCCCUCCCUCCACCUCGCUCUAAACAUGUCCACUGGCUCCCUCAGCGAUGUAGAAGACCUUCAAGAAGUGGAGAUGCUGGAAUGUGACUCCCUGAAAGUGGACUCCAACAAGGAGUUUGUGACUUCCAACGAGAGCACCGAAGAGGGCUCUAACUGCGAGAACGGGUCUCCACAGAAGGGGCGCGGCGGCCUGGGCAAGAGGAGGAAGGCACCUUCCAAGAAGAGUCCCUUGAGCGGGGUCAGCCAGGAAGGGAAGCAGGUACAGCGCAACGCGGCCAAUGCACGCGAGCGGGCCCGCAUGCGAGUCCUGAGCAAGGCCUUCUCCAGGCUCAAGACCACCCUGCCCUGGGUGCCCCCGGACACCAAGCUCUCCAAGCUGGACACGCUCAGGCUGGCGUCCAGCUACAUCGCUCACUUGAGGCAGAUCCUAGCCAACGACAAGUAUGAGAACGGUUACAUUCACCCGGUCAACCUGACCUGGCCGUUUAUGGUGGCCGGCAAGCCCGAAAGUGACCUGAAGGAAGUGGUGACUGCGAGCCGCUUGUGUGGAACCACCGCGUCCUGACCUUGGAAAAGCGAGUCUGGGAACCGUGCGCUCCCGGGGCAGUGGGCCGGCGAGGGUGACGACCCCUGCCCUCCCCUCCCUUCCUCUGCUGUGGUCUUGCAUUGCUCCUCUCCCUAUCCUGCCCUGCAAGAACAGUUAACUGCGACGAGGAGAUUCCUUUCCAAACCAAAGGAGACCAACUGUACUUACAGAUUCCCAUCUAUUUAACUUGAUUAACUUCUGCCAUGAAUGACUGCGAGCCUGGCUGGUCCAAGUGCAAUAUGUAAUUAU